AUGACUUCUGCCGAGCUAGCAUCGAAGAGCUUGUUCUUUCAAAGCGUAGAAGACAACGUCUGGAGGAUCGACAUACCGAGUAACUGGAACGUGCCACAGCACAACAGCACAACAGCGAAUGGAAGCUCUCCACACCAGGUCGUGCACCUAAAACCAGCCACCAGUACGGCACCGAUGCAAUGCCAGAUCGGUGCUGCCCCGGGCGACGGUGUUCGGAACGACGACGAAAUACAAGAGUCGUCACCAAGACUCGACAUCGCCGAGUCCUUGAUCAAGAGCUCCCUCUGGAGGGCCGCGAACGAUGGCUGGUGGAUGGACGACGACGCCGUGGAGACGUCCACAACCAUAUACGAGGCGCGAGGUGCCUUCCAUAGGACUGUAGGGUCUGGGCGGCCCACUACCCAUCGGCGCACGAGCUUUGGGAGCACCCAGAGUUCUUCCAGUCUCGAAAGCCUGCCCAAGGAGGAUAUACAGAUUUUGUGGCCGUCGCCAUCGGCCCACGACAUGCCGUUGAAGGAGCUAGCUGUGAACGGCUUGUUCUCUCAAGGCGUGAAGGACAACAUUUGGAACGUCGACAUACCAAGUAGCUGGAACGUGACCGAAUAUCCCAGGGCGACGACACACCAGAAUCCUUCGCAUCAGACAACACCCCUGAGACAAAACCCCAGUACGGCCGCCAUGCAACACCAAGCAGGCGAAGGCGAGGCAAUUACCGCCACUAGACAAAUCGAUGAGACACCCAACAACUUCGGUUGGGACGACAGCGAAAUUCUGGCCACGUCGACGGUCGUAGACGAGGCUGAUGGCGCGAUCGGAGGCUCCCUACAGAGAGCCAUGAGCAACAGCGAGUGGAGGGACGACGAUGUCUGGGAGACAUCAACAACCAUUUAUGAAGCAGCGCUCGUCGCUGGAGUUGUUUUCGAGAGGACCGUGGGGUCUGGACGGGCCGUCACCCACCGGCGGGUGGGCUCUGAGAGUACUCAGAGCUCUGCCAGUAUCGAGACCCUCCACGGAGAUGGGGACAUCGACGAAGACUCCUCCGACCAGGUCAUGCACCUGAGACCAACCGAAAUUACGGCAGCAAUGCCACCGCAGCCGGUCGCCACAGCCAACGUCGAGACCCUGGUUGUCGAACAUGAAGCUAACGAACCAGCCGUCGCACCCGAUGCACUCGAAAACCUCGUAUGGAAUGAUGACGAGAUCGUCGAAACGUCGACGACUGUCGACGAAGCCGAGUUUAUGGCUGGCGGUACCAUCCGAAGGGCGAUAGACUCCUUGGCGUGGCGGAAGGAUGAGAUACUGGAAACCUCGACGGCCAUUGAUGAGACCGAACGCAUCGUUGGGAGUACGCUCCGUAGGGCUUCUGUGUCAGGGCUGCCGACUGCCCGCCACCACCGCACAGACUCCGGCAGCACCCAGAGCUCAGCGACGCUCCAGAGCAUCCCGGAUGCUAGCGCGCGCGUGAGGACUUGGGCGGACGUGGUCAGAAGCGUGGGGCAGAGACAGAGCGAAAGCAGGAAGUAG